CAGACUUUUACUGUGAAACCCUGCAGCUCCUGCUCUCUCUCCUCUCUCUCUGCUCCGGGACUCAGACAUGCGCUGGAAAAGUGAGGUGCAGGUGGAGUGUUGCGUGGUGGGACAACGCGAUGAGGGCGCGCCGGUGGAAGUUUUGGAUGAAGACGCGUCGUCGCUGCAGGCGAUGGCCUCCGCGCCUCUGCUGGGCAGAACCGUGUGUGCGAGCUGCAACGAGGAAAUCGUGGAUAAAUAUUUAUUAAAGGUGAACGACCUGUGCUGGCAUGUGCGCUGCCUGUCGUGCAGCGUGUGCCAGACUUCACUUGGCAGCCACAGCAGCUGUUACAUCAAAGAGAAGGAGGUUUUCUGUAAAGUGGAUUACUUUCGGAGGUACGGGAGCUGGUGUGCGUGCUGCGGCAGGAACAUCCACUCCACAGACUGGGUCCGCCGGGCCAAGGGGAACGUGUACCACCUGGCCUGCUUCGCCUGCUUCUCCUGCAAGAGGCAGCUGUCCACCGGGGAGGAGUUCGCCCUGGUGGAGGAGAAGGUGCUCUGCAGGGUCCACUACGACUGCAUGCUGGACAACCUCAAGCGGGCCGUGGAGAAAGGAAGCAGUGUUAACAUGGAGGGGGCUGUUCCCACCGAGCAGGAGAUUAACCAGCCCAAACCCUCCAAGAGAGCUCGGACCAGCUUCACGGCCGACCAGCUGCAGGUGAUGCAGGCCCAGUUUGCUCAGGACAACAACCCAGACGCACAAACGCUGCAGAAGCUGGCGGAGCAGACGGGCCUCAGUCGAAGAGUCAUACAGGUCUGGUUCCAGAACUGCCGAGCUCGCCACAAGAAGCACGUGAGCCCCAACCACUCCUCCAGCACCCCCAUGACCUCGCUGCAGCCCAGCCGCCUGUCGCAGCCCACCCCAACGCCCGAGGAGCUGCAGUACACAGCCUACGGAGGCCCCGAGGGCUCAAUGCUCUCUGCACUACACUCCUUCAUAGACAUACACCCCCCUCCAUCCAUGUUUCAGCCGCUGCUGCCAGCCCAUGCCAUGACCUCCCUGCCUGUGUCGCACGCCUGAGCAGCUGACACACACACACACACACACACACACACACACACACACACACACACACACACACACACACACACACACACACACACACACACACACACACACACACACACACACACACACUCCACCAGCGAUCAUUCGUCAUUAGCAGCCGCAGUAUUCAAACCUCCAUGGUAAAUAUUAUUUCAUUUUCAGGGUCAUGAAGCCCUCUUUUAUGAAACUACCAGCAGCUCAUCUCAUUUUUAUAUUAAAUGAAAACACUUCAGUCACUGCUGUGCAUCAUCAUGGACAAGUGUACUCCACCAUUUUAAUGUAUAUAUACAAUAUGGAGAUGGAAAGGUUUCAGUGUACCUCAUGGGACUAUGGCACAUGACAUUAUGGAUUCAUAUCUGUUUGUGUAGUUGAUGACAUAGUUUAACUGUGCUAUUCAUAAGUGAAAGCCACCGGAUCACAAAUGUCAACUCAUUACCAAGAUGAACUUGAAAUUGUUUGUUUAGCACUGUUUUAAAUAUUGCAAUUUAAUUUAUUUAUUGUAUGUGAAGUCUGUUUUGAGAAUAAAUGUCUAA